CUCUACUAAAGCCAGAACACAAAAUAGUACGGUCCUCAAUGUGCAUGAAACCAACUGGAACACAAGAUGAUUCGACUUUAAGUGCCAUUUCCACAAAUUAUCUUUGCAUCUAAUUUGAAGAUACACAAACAAGGGGCCGCGACUGCGUGGAUUUUCCACAUUUUGUGCUCGGAGAACUAAUUUAUCCGCUUGUCAAUCAGCUGAUAUUUUGCCACUGACCGGAAUAAACAAUCCGGUGGAAAAAUGACAAGCUUGCUCCUUCUUGGUCUACUUUGUUUAUUUCUGCAACCUGUUGGGGCUCAAUUCCCUCGGGUUUGUUGCACAGUGGAGGGGAUCCUGUCCAAGCAGUGCUGCCCUGCUCUGGGCUCCAAUCCUGCCAACAUAUGUGGCACCCUGACGGGGAGAGGAAACUGCACUGCUGUUCGAGUGGACACUAAACCCUGGGGAGGACCAUACAGACUUAGAAACACUGAUGACCGGGAAAGAUGGCCCACAAAAUUUUUCAACCAGACUUGCAGAUGCAAUGGCAACUUUGCAGGCUUUAAUUGCGGUCAAUGCAAAUUUGGCUGGACCGGACCCAACUGUGACCAGAGAAAGGCACCCAUCGUACGAAAGAACAUCCACUCGUUGACAUCCGCUGAGCUCCAGGAGUUUCUGGAUGCCCUGGAACUGGCUAAGACCACCAUACACCCAGACUACAUGAUCGCUACCCAGCACUGGCUGGGAAUUCUGGGGCCAAACGGAACGGAGCCGCAAUUUGCCAACAUCUCCAUCUAUGACUUCUUUGUCUGGCAACAUUACUACUCGGUCCGAGACACUCUGCUUGGUCCUGGUCGCCCCUUCAAAGCCAUUGAUUUCUCACACAAAGGACCAGCCUUCAUCACCUGGCAUAGAUACCAUCUUCUCAGCUUUGAGCGAGACAUCCAGAGGCUCACUGGCAAUGAAAACUUUGCGGUCCCUUACUGGAACUUUGCCACAGGUCAGAGUGAUUGUGACGUGUGCACGGAUGCUCUUCUGGGAGGCCGAAACCCUGAUAACCCCUCCCUCAUCAGUAACCAGUCCAGAUUUUCCAACUGGGGGGUGGUGUGUAACAGUCUGGAUGACUACAAUCGCCUGGUGACUCUUUGCAACGGCACCAAUGAGGGUUUGAUCCAGAGAGGUAUCAUGAGAGGGGUCAACAUGACCAUGCCCACCAUGACGGAUGUCCGAAGCUGCCUUGGUAUCAGGGAUUUUGAUAGCCCUCCGUACUUCACUAACUCUUCCUUCAGUUUUAGAAACGCUCUUGAAGGCUACGAUAAACCAAAUGGAGAACUUGAUGAAUCAGUCAAUAACCUUCACAACCUCGUCCAUGCUAUGCUCAACGGAACCAGUUCUUUGCCUCACUCUGCGGCCAAUGACCCCAUCUUCCUGGUUCUCCAUGCUUUCACCGAUGCCAUUUUUGACGAAUGGAUGAGGAGAUUUGUUCCGUCCAAUGCCACUUUUCCAGAUGAAAUGGCCCCCAUUGGUCAUAACCGUGACUACAACAUGGUUCCCUUCUUCCCUCCCAUCACAAACGAAGAGAUCUACAUCACAUCGGCGCAGCUGGGCUAUUCCUACGCCAUUGAUUUUGAAGCGGAUGAGGGUGGAGCUGCUGUGUUCGUGCUCGGAUCCACCCUUGGGGGUGUCUUCAUCGGUCUCCUGGUGCUUCUCCUUAUCUUUGUGCUGUACCUUCGCCAGAGAAGAAACACUGGCUUUGAACCGCUGAUAAAAGCUGACUUCACGACUAGGAAGUACACGGAGGAAGCCUAGAUUUCUAUCCGCCUUGUGGGGCAGCUCGGUGUAAUGCGAGUGAAAUGGAGCAUAUGUUAUUAUAUCAAGGCCUGACUGAAACAAGAGGAAAAUAUUAAUAUUGUAGAUGAAUGACAAAUGGAACUAAAUGAGAAUCAUGAUAAUAAUUGAUUGAGGCUUUUAACAAGUAAAAAUCAGACUGAAUUUAUGUAAAAUGUUUUGGAAAUAGUGUAAAAAAAAAAGAACAGAAAA